AUGCUCUCUGUACUUGCGAUCUCUCUUCUUUUGCAGACUGUCGUCGCAGGCGCUGGACGCAAUGUGACCGUUCCGAGUCAAUGUUCUUGCGGCUAUCGCGACCCCUCGACAAAAGAGCAUUACACUGAUGCUAUAAUACUUUACUUCAAUGAGACGGCACUCGACACAGAAAUCUUCGACAUUAGAGAUUGCGCAAACAAGAAUCAAAAGGGCUGGAAUUCAAUCUUUAGACAGGGGUCAAGUCCAUCGAACAUACAUAUCGGCAACAAUGGCUCAUUACCUUGGCAGGAUGUCAUCGAUGGAACUUCCCCAAGUCUGGAAAUGUGGCUCGAUGGCUUUGAAUUCAGUCACCUUUCAAAUGGAGCAGAGAUUCGCUCGCUGCGGCGUGACAUUCUGUUUGGAUCUUUCAGAGCCUCGAUGCGAUCUGCUCAGCCAUGGAUCGGUGGCUCGGCUAUGUCCAUGUACUUGCAGUAUAAUGACUCUCAGAGCAUUAACAUGGAUAUGUGCAACAUGGACAUCGCGGAUCAAGCCCAUAUUACGCAGCUUGUCAAUGGCGAGUGGCCUGAAUACAAGCUGGCCACUAACUACACUAUCAUCCAAAAAGGCGACCCUCCCAAGAUACCGGCAGGUCAGCCUUGGGACUUCCAGGACCUACGAUUUGACUGGACGAAUGACACUGUGAGCUUUUGGAUUGGGAACAAUAGAACUCGGACUGUGACGCAGCUGCAACGAGAUCUCCCAGCUGUGCCAGAAACACUGUAUUUUUCUCACUGGUCGACCGGAGACUCGCAUUACAUGCAAGGCCCUCCCAUCAACAACUCGGUGGCGAAUGUCAGAUGGAUCCGGGCAUUCUUCAAUAGCUCUUUGAUGACUCCACAUGAUCACGUCAACUACGACAGACAAUGCAAUCCAACAGUAGCCUGCUCGACAGAAGACAUGAGCUUACGAGGCUCCUCCAGCUUCUCGCCAGCGGCCACUGCAGCCUGGAAGCCACCAGUGCCUCAUCAGCGUAUUCGCACCGUUGCUGGCUACAUUGCGGCUGGCUUCAGCUUCUUUGGAGUGUUCGCUCUAGUCAAUGCCUUCAUCCGCCGUGGACCGCUUUACAAGUUCAAGAGACUAAGGGAUGUUAGCUGGCCAGGCAGCAAGCGAUCAUCCACCCAAAAACUGCGACAAUCGCUGCGGCAAUCAAUCAUUGGUGCCAACAACGCCAACAACUAUCCAGGUCCGCCAGACGGCAAGCCCCCAAAUGGCCAGGGAACUACUCACUCCGGAACAGAGACCCCCGCGCCUGGUUACACAUCUAGGCCUAAUGGCCGUCGGUCGGGAUACAACUCCGGUACAGUUACACCCCUUCCUGCGUACGAGUCGCGUAUGCAGUCGCCUUGGCAAUUAAUGUACUCCCUGGUACAACCGAAGAGAAGCUUGAGGUCACUUUCCGGCAGGAAUACUCCUCUUCAUUCACGCAACGCUUGGACAAGUAUUCGCCCGAUGGCCAGCCAAGGGACGAUCAUCGAAGAUGCCCUGACGCCCCCUCUCGAGCACCCACCCGCCUUGCGAGUCACCAACCCGUCAGAAGAAGAUGAAGAUCUGGAAGUCGAAGCCGCUCGUACACGUGCCUAUUUUGACCUCGCCGGCGAGAAGAAGGACGAAGAUGAGAUCAGAAAUGCCAGUCCCGUGCCGACCCAUGGUUCCCCGGAAGGAAUGCGAAUUGCCGGCGAAAAGAAGCACGCCAGCGUCAGCUUCAUGGAUCUAGAUGAUAAGAGCGAUGAGAAACACCACAGAUUUGAGGUGCCUACCGCCCCUCAAGACAAGUCGGCCCUCGAUAUGAUGAAAGUCAAGCCGGUACCGGAUGGUAUGGCCGGAGCCGCGACCGCGGAACCUGCGAAGGAGCAGAAACCCCAGGCACCGAACCAGCCCCAACAACGUAUCGACUAUCUCGCCGGGCUCGUGGCUAUCUCGUGUAUAAUGAUCACGCUUCGACACUUCUCGCUCACGUUCUGGCCAUACGUCACGGAGAGUCAGGGGCUGUUGAUGCAUUUUGGCGCAGACCAGUGGCUGUCGUAUAUCCUUGGACCGUAUCUGCUUACGCCCUUAUGGAUCGGACCUUUCUUUGUUACCUCAUGCAGGUUCCUGGCGCAAAGAUACUUGAAGACUGGCAAGCUGAACGAUGUCGCGAACAAAAUGUUGCUUCGAGCACCACGCAUGCUCCUCCCCUGCUUUGUUUUUAUGACCUUGGAGUACUUUCUGAUCUCACUUGGCCUAACGAAGAAGCUCGAGUGGCUCCCCAGCAUUAGCUACAGUACCUGGCCCUACGUUGUUGCCCAGCCCAACUUCGGCGUCUUUGUCAACGAAAUCGUGGAAUUGGCCUAUAUUAUACCCAACGAGGCUCCCGAGAUCAUCAACCACUACUGUGUAGGCGUGUUGUGGACGAUCCCUAUCCAAUUGCAGUACUCUUUUGUCACUCUGUUGGCCACAGUGUUGAUAAAAGAUGUCAAGACGCCAUGGAAGAGGAUGCUCUUCUACACAUUGAGUAUCCUUGCAGACAUCACCUACAAUUGGAUCAAGUGGACGCAAGCCAGAUGGUGGGCAUUGUACCCCAUUCUGUUCUUGGCGACGGGUAUCACCAUAGCCACGCCACUGGUCCUCCUAUUCAAUUCGGACAUCUAUUACUGGUCUUUCAUGGCUUGGGAGAACGCUAUCCAUCCAAAUCAGUACACUGGACGCCCAAUUUUCGAAACGAUCCCAUCCAUCUGGGCGGCGUAUCCGAACUACAACUACCCAAGCUUAGCGAUCCUCACUUUCUCCGUCGGACUGCAGGUUAUUGUUGAGCUCUCGACUUGGGUACAAAAGGCGCUGAGUAUCAAGCUAAUUACAUUCUUCCAUCCGCAUAUCAUGACUAUCUACUUGAUGCACGGCUUCAUCUUCUGGAGUAUCGGAGCCUAUGUCGCCGUCAGCCUCAGCUCACUGAGCAUACCCUAUUGGGCGAUCCUGCUGAUCACGGCGGUGGUGUGCUACUCGAUCAUCAUGAUCUUAACCGUCAUUAUCACACCAAUGAUCGAAUUUGCGACCAAGGGCGCCACGAAAAACAUCUGGCGCUGGGCAACUGAAGAACCUGUGCCGCACCGGCCAACGACGGCGCCGUUCAACAAACAGCUGGUGGUUGGAAGGAUGCAGGAUGAGAAUGGAGAUCGGGGAAGCGAGGAGGCGGCAUGA